AUGAUAUUCAGAGCUACCUGUUGGAAGCCAGAAAAUAACACAGAGGUUAAAAUCAAAGCGGCGUUUAUCAAUGAAAACGUCAAUAGUAACGAUAAUGUUGAUGACGAUUGUUGUAGCAAUUUUAAUAAUCAUAAACAUGAUCUUAAUAUGAUUCAUUUCAUAUAUUUCAAUUAAAUGAUAAUAAUAGUAAUAAUGAAUUUGAUGAUAUUUGAUAAUGAUGAUGCUGAUGAUAAUUAUGAUGAUGAUGAUGAUGAUGAUGAUGAUGAUGAUGAUGUUGAUGAUGAUGACGAUGACGAUGAUGGCUCUGACAAUGACAUCGACACACCGAAACAGCGACUUCAUAAUCUGGAGAAGACAAACUAUUUUGCAAAGCCUAUCAAGAAUAAUGAUAUCCAUUACUGCUAA